AACGAGCUCCUGACCUCACAGAGCUCACGGUCUGGUAGACUUCAGGGCGAGGCUGCUUGGUCGAGGAGUGAAAGCUGCCUGUGGCUGGGCCAGGUAUGAGACCGUCGGCCCCGGGUCCAGCGGCAUGGAGCUGGACCAGGGAGCGCAUGUCAGGUGUCCAGGCACGUUCAGAAACCGCGGAACCUAAGAAAUGACGUCUGCACCCAGCUUGGCUUUCCGUGUGUGGCAACUGGACUGAGGUUGGGCCGUGGAGUAGCCUGGCUGUUCCACCCCAAACAGUGACCAAUUCGGACCAGAGGGAGGGUCAGGGAACAGCGUGGGGACAGCGCACAGUAGGCACGCAUCUGGACAUUAGCGUAGCUGAGAGCAGAUGGCGUGUUGAAGACUUGUGUGAUGCUCCUGAUGGAAGGGUUUAUGGGAACUCGAGUUUUCAGUGGUUUCUGCGGGCAGGAGGAACCUCAGAGGGCCCGAUGAGGGCUGGAGGUGGGAAAGGCAAAGGGGAACAAAAGGCCUCUGGAUGGGAGACGAGCUCCACAUGCCAGGGUGGGUGGCUAAGGAAUCGCCCCGGGUCAGGUCCAUGCCUGUCCUAUUUCCUGCUCGGCCAGGAGCCGGGAUUUCCUGUGGUAUCUGCAUCGCAUCAGAUGCCGCAGGUUCUACCUCCCAAUUCUGCAGCCGCGGCAGAAUGGGUCCUGAGUACCCACCCGAGCUGGGUAAGUCUUAGCCCUGCACAGCGACUGAAACCCUCCACUAUGUUUCCCGCCUCUCUUGCACAGUUGUAUCUGCUCGCCAACCCCGGGAGGAAGAUCUGGCUCUUUGAAAUUAAUUAACCUGUUCAAGGGCAUCUUGCAAGGGACAGACUGAGCUCUUUGUCCCCACACAUCUUUCCGCAUGAGAGAAAAACAGAAACUGGAGAAGAAAGGGAAGAAUGUCACUAUGCAUGGUGAGGCCCUUGAAGGCCAGACGAAGACUGAUACACGGAGGAAAUUGGGAGCCCUGUCCGGUGCCUGGGAAGCAGUGAUUUCAGAUGAGCUCUGAGUGAUGAGCCAGGGUCCAGAGGUAACUGCUUCAAGUGUGGAGUGGGAACCAAGUUACUGGAAAAUGCCUCGUCUUCUUCGCGCCCCACGUUGGUAUUAUGGCGCUCAUGACCACGCUGAGAAUGCAGCGUGAAGCCGCAGUCCUGCCAUUACUCAAGAUGGCUGCCCCCAUCAAGAUGACCGGGGUGUGCCGGGGAAAAAGGGGCAGCAUGAUAGUCUGAGACGGUCUAGCAUCGGACCAUGUGGAAGUUUCUGGGACUGGGGAGUCGGAUGAUGGGGGGUGGGACCCGUGCGGGGUAGAGGGAGCAAUAGCGUCCUUUCUCAGGCUAACCCCGGCCCCUCCCCUGUUCUCUGGACUGAAAUGGGGAACACACUGGGCCUGGCACCGAUGGGGGCUUUGCCCCGCCGGAGCCCCCGGCGAGAGGAGCCUCUGCCCAACCCUGGGAGCUUCGAUGAGCUGCACCGGCUAUGCAAAGAUGUGUUCCCAGCACAGAUGGAGGGAGUGAAGCUCGUUGUCAACAAGGUUCUGAGCAGCCAUUUCCAGGUGGCUCACACCGUGCACAUGAGUGCCCUGGGCUUGCCCGGGUAUCACCUCCAUGCGGCCUAUGCAGGAGACUGGCAACUGAGCCCCGCCGAGGUGUUCCCCACUGUGGUGGGGGAUAUGGACAGCAGUGGCAGCCUCAACGCCCAGGUCCUGCUCCUCUUGGCAGAGCGGCUCCGAGCCAAGGCUGUCUUCCAGACUCAGCAAGCCAAGUUCCUGACGUGGCAGUUUGAUGGCGAGUACCGGGGAGAUGACUACACAGCCACUCUGACCCUAGGGAAUCCUGACCUGAUUGGGGAAUCGGUGAUCAUGGUGGCUCACUUCCUGCAGAGCCUCACCCAUCGGCUGGUGCUGGGAGGAGAGCUAGUUUAUCACCGGCGGCCAGGCGAGGAGGGCGCCAUCCUGACACUGGCUGGAAAGUACUCGGCGGUGCACUGGGUAGCCACACUGAAUGUGGGGUCAGGUGGGGCCCAUGCAAGCUAUUACCACAGGGCAAACGACCAGGUCCAGGUUGGAGUGGAAUUUGAGGCCAACACAAGGCUACAAGACACAACCUUCUCCUUCGGUUACCACCUGACUCUGCCCCAGGCCAACAUGGUGUUUAGAGGCUUGGUGGACAGUAACUGGUGUGUGGGUGCUGUGCUGGAGAAGAAGAUGCCCCCCUUGCCCGUCACCCUGGCCCUUGGAGCCUUCCUCAACCACUGGCGCAACAGAUUCCACUGUGGCUUCAGCAUCACUGUGGGCUGAGGUGCUCCCAGGGCCUGCCCCUCACAGACGCUGGAACCUCCGAGGCAGGUGCCCUAGGGCCAGAGACUAGGCCCCCUCUCCAGAGCGCACCUUGCCGGGUGACCUCUGGGUCCCAGGAGCAGAGCAGGGGAUAGGACCGUGCCCUCCUCAGAACUGGAGCCGCCACAGGGGCAGCUGCUGGGGCCAUGGUGUGUGGCCCCCACCUCUGCCACCAGCUCCAAGGUCUUCUUCCCAUGCUCUUGUGGCUCUGGACUAAGGGAGAAGGAUUAAGGGGUGUGUCUGGCUGACUUUUCUCCCCUCAUAUCCCCCUUCUUCGUUUUCCUAUCAAUUAAAGCUCCUAGCUUCUUCCUCUUCA